UAGAUAUAAAGACCAGUGUGAACAUCUGUUGUGGAAGCCGUUUUCCUGAUUAUCAUCUUUUAAAACAAGAAGAUCCAUUUAAAGACGUGAAAUCUUCAAAAUCAAACAGUGAUAUUUGUGGAAAAACAAAUAUAAAUGGAAGUAACAUAAAACAAUCUAAUAUACAUGAAGUUGAUGAUAAACCAUACAGUUAUGUAACAUGUGGAAAGGAAAGUGUAACAUUGGAUAACGUAAAACAACACAAGAGAAUAACGUACAGAAAAAAGCAUGAACAAAUAUAUACUGUGGAGAAACCUUAUAGUUGUGCAACUUGUGGAAAAGAGUUUAGAAUGAGCCGUUUCCUAAAAUAUCAUGAAAGAAUACAUACUGGAGAGAAACCUUACAGUUGUGACUUUUGUGGAAAACAGUUUGUAACUAAUGGUAAUUUAAAAAGUCACAUGCGAAUACAUACUAGGGAGAAACCUUACAGUUGCAACUUUUGUGGAAAACAAUUUGGAUGUAAUGGUAACUUAAAAAGUCAUGAACGAAUACAUACUGGAGAGAAACCUUACAACUGUGUAGUAUGUCAUAAACAGUUUAGGACAGAUAGUGCAUUAGGCUUUCAUAAAAAAAUACACACUGGAGAAAAACCUUACUGUUGUGCAAUUUGUGGAAAAGACUUUAGAACAAUUUCAGAAUUACAAAUACAUCUAAGAAUACAUACUGGAGAGAAACCUUACAGUUGUGACAUUUGUGGGAAACAAUUUGGAUGUAAUGGUCACUUAAAAAGACAUGAACGAAUACACACUGGGGAGAAACCUUAUAGUUGUGUUAUAUGUGUAAAAUACUUUAGAACAAAUUGGGAAUUAAAAAAGCAUCAAGGAAUACACACUGGAGAAAAGCCUUACAGUUGUGAUGUUUGUGGCAAACAAUUUAGAAGUAACUCUAGCUUAAAAAGACAUGAACGAAUACAUACUGGUGAGAGACCUUACACUUGUGUAGUAUGUGAUAAACAGUUUAGAACAAAUAAUGCAAUAAAAUAUCAUCAAAGAAUACAUACUGGGGAGAAACCUUACUGUUGUACAAUUUGUGGGAAAUACUUUAGAUCAACAAGUGACUUAAAAAUGCAUCAAAGAAAACACACUGGGGAAAAACGUUAUUGUUGUACAGUUUGUGAAAAACAGUUUCGAACAAGUAUUGAAUUAAAACGACAUAAAAUAAGAUAUACUGGGGAGAAACCUUAUUGUUGUGAUGUUUGUGGAAAAGACUUUAAAACAAAUGCUGAAUUAAAACUACAUCAAAAAAUACAUCAAAGAAUACAUACUGGAGAGAAACCUUACACUUGUGACCUUUGUGGGAAGCAGUUUGGAACUAACUGUAGCUUAAAAAAACAUGAACGAAUACAUACUGACAAUAAACCUUAUUGUUGUACAGCUUGUGGAAAAGACCUUAAAACAAAUGCUGAAUUAAAACAACAUCAAAGAAUACAUACUGGGCAGAAACCUUAUAGUUGUGACUUUUGUGGGAAAGAAUUUCGAAGUAAUAGUAACUUAAAAAGACAUGAACAAAUACACAUUGGAGCAAAAACAUUAGUUGGAUAGUGUGUGAAAAACUGUUGUUGAUUUUGUACAAUAGAUUUUGGAAUAAGCAGUGAUUUAAAAUGUUAUAAAAGAAUAUAUGCUGGAGAGAAACCUUACAGUUGUGACUUUUGUGGAAACAAUUUAAAGAGAACUAGCUUAAGUGAUCAUGAAGGAUUACAUACUGGUGUGAAACCUAACUCUUAUGCAGUAUGUGAUAAACAGUUUAUAACAAAUAAGGCAAUAAAAUAUCAUCAUAGAAUACAUACUGGGUAGAAACAUUACUGUUGAAGAACUUGUGACUUCAAAGUGUAUCAAGUAAAACACUGUUUGGAUGUAGUGGUAACUUAAAAAUACAUGAACGAAUACAUACUGGGGUGACACCUUACACUUGUACAGAAUGUGAUAAAAAUUUUAGAACAAAUGAUACAUUAAGAUAUAUAGGAACACAUACUGGAGAGAAACAGUUAGUGAAAAAUAAUUUCAAAGCAACUCUAUCCUAAAAGUGCAUUGAACGAUACACACUUUGGAGGGAAACCAUAAAGUUUUUAUAGUUUAUAGAAAACAGUAAAUUAAAAUACAUCAAAGAAUGAACACCUGAAAGAAAUCAUACUGUUAUUUACUGUGUUGUAAAUAGUUUGUAACAGACUGUAACUACUACUGAAUGUGGUUAUUGUUUAAAGUUUAUUGAACCAGAUGAGACAGGAUUGAUGUGCACAGAUCUGUCUUUGGUGUGUUUAUGAUACCUUUAGUUGGGUAUUACUGUGUGUUAGUGUUUGAUAUGGUAAAGUGACAAUAAAAGAAAUAAUAAUAUAAAAUUAAA